CUUCUCUCAUCUUAAUAAAAAUGGUAGGAUUAGCCACCGUUACAUUAAUUUUGGGUCUUUUUGCCUUUGCCAAUGGAGAAUUUGAUCCUAAUGAAGUUAAAGAAGAAGAAAUGUACAAUUGCUUCUUUGCAAUUCUUUGUGGUGAAUGGGAUGCCUACCCAUUUAAAAGAAUAGUUGAUAGAGCUGGUCCACAGAUGAAAGCAGAAGGUUUCCGAUGGCUGAAAGAAAUUUCAGAUAUUGAUGCUGCUGAUACUAAAUAUUUCUGGGACCAUUAUCCAGAGUUCAAAUGCCACUUUUCUGACGAAGUGAAGAGACAAUAUUUCUUCGAAUGGCUAAAAAGACUUGGUGAAUACUGGGCUACUGCCUGUGCAGAGCAAGACUCUGAAGAAUGCAUAAAAAUGGGAGAGGCGGCUGAAGAAUAUGAAAAAGUCAAUACAGAAUACACCUUAAAUGGUGUCUGUCAGUCUGAAGGUGUUGAAACGAUGGAAGGUAUGGGCGAAGAAGGAGCGUCGCAAAUGAAAGACAAAAUGCAACCACCCGGGCAAAUGCCAGGCAUGGGAUAAUGUUCAAAUGUAUUGAUGCGACCGUGUAUAAGUGAAUUUUCUUUGGAAAAGAUAUGUCUGUGAAUAAAGUUUCAUUAUUUCACUGAC